AUGGUUUCGCGACAGGAUCCCUCCACGGAGAUUCUCUCAAUUUCCUACCAAAACUUCAACAGUGUCCAUACUCAGAUCCCCUACCUCCGCAAAACGAAGACGUCAAGCCAACUAGUAGUCCACGGCAAGCCUUUCCUCAUACUAGCCGGCGAGCUCCACAACUCCUCCCUCAGCGACGCGGCAUAUAUGAGUACCGUAUGGCCGAACAUGAAAGCAACCAACAUCAACACGCUUCUCGGUUCCGUAACCUGGGAAAUGAUUGAGCCCGCCGAAGGCCAAUUCAACUUCUCUCAACUUGAUGGUGUGAUCUUAGAUGCGAGGAAGUUUGAUAUGCAUCUCGUUCUGCUUUGGUUCGGUAGUUUUAAGAACGCCCUUAGUACCUAUGCCCCGGCGUGGGUGAAACAAGAUACGAAGAGAUUUCCUCGCGUGCAUACACUUGAAGCUGGGGGCGUUAUGAAGACGCUGGAGCUGGUGUCGCCGUUUUGUGAGGAGGGCUGGAAGGCGGACGCGAAAGCUUUUGCGGCUUUGAUGCGACACUUGAAGGAAUUUGAUGGGAAGGAAAACACUGUGCUCAUGGUACAAGUGGAAAAUGAGACAGGAUUGCUCGGAGAUUCGAGGGAUCGGUCGAGGCUUGCGAGCGAACUUUUCAAGAAACCGGUCCCAGAGGCUGUCGUCUCACAUUUGAAGAGCCAAUACGAAUCCAGCGUUCACUCGCUAUUCCGAAAGAGAUUUCCGAAUUUCCAGGCACUCACCACUGGAGUGGCAACAUGGGAAGAGGCGUUCGGGAAGGGUGUUGAUGCGGAGGAAAUGUUCAUGGCAGAUGCAUUCUCGCGAUAUAUUGGGCACGUCUCCGCCGCUGGGAAAGCGGAGUAUCCAAUUCCGCUCUACACCAAUGUCUGGCUCAACUUCGAUGAUCCAAGUGUUCUCGACCUCCAAGACGUACCAGUGGUGGUGGGUGGAGGUGCGAAGGCUGGAAUCUAUCCUUCUGGAGGAGCAGUCCCCCACACCAUGGAUAUAUGGAAGCUCAAUGCGCCAGCACUGGAUUUCAUCGCCCCAGAUCUAUACUUUCACGAGUACGAGGAAGUGUGUAAGUGGUACCGACAUCAAGACCAACCGCUGUUUAUACCCGAGCAACGGAGAGAUGAGCGAGGUGCGAGAAGAGUUUGGCUUGCAUAUGGAACAUACUUGAGCAUCGGCUGCUCUCCAUUCGGAGUUGAUUCUCUGGAAUCCAGUAUUAGUCCCAUUACCAAACAUUACGGUCUCUUGAGUUCCGUGAGUGAUAUCGUGCUGGAGGCGCAAGCCAACCGGCCGGAAGACAUCAUGGGAUUCUUUUUUGAUGAGCUCCCAGAGCCCAAGCUUGAAAGCCCUUGGGUGCGAACGUUCGGUGACUUCCAGUUAACGGUAGAUCGAGCAUUUGUUUUUGGCGAGGCUGGGCCGGGUGCGGGAAUGGUGAUACAUCAAGGCAAUGGAAAAUUCCUGCUGAUUGGUUGGGGCUUUCAAGUUACGUUUAAGAGUACGAACCCUAAGUCGAGCUUUACUGGGAUCUUGUACUCCGAAGAGAAAACUGUGGAUGUGAAUGGCAACUUGCAUACGGCUCGAGUUAUGAAUGGUGAUGAGACGAGAAGCGGAAGCUUCUAUAUCAUGCCGAACGAGGAUCCUGAUUAUGGCGGAUUCCCCAUUGCUGUCACGAUUCCAUCGAGAACGAUGAUCGCUGAAUGUACUGCAUAUAGCAUUGCAGAAGAUGAAAGUGACUUUUGA